AAAAAAUAGAAACGACGAGAAAAUGACGAAAAGCUCCUCGCAACGCAAGAAAGAGCUUCGCGAACAAGUCAGGGAGGCGGCAGCACUGGUAGCUGAAAAAGAUGCGGCGCUAGCGAACCAGGAGCGGGAGCUCGAGGAGCUGCGGCGGAAGCUCGCCGGUACUGUCCCCCCGUCGCUGUCGACCUCUACCCCACCGGGAAGGGGCACCCCCUCGGAGCGUGUGUCUGUGCAGGGUCCCUCUCGGGGAGAUCGGCCCCAACAGGAGCCGAUUCCCGAGGAGGCCGCGCCAGCCACCGGCGAGGAGAAAGGUGCUACCCCCGAGGGGACAGAGAACGGGAGCGACGAGGACGACAACGACGGCGACGAAGGGGAAUGGGGCAACGAGAGCGAACGGCAUGUCAUGUACGAGUUGCUCGACGGCUUCCGGUCACAGAACGUGUCCGCGGACGAUCGGCACGCGCUCAUGACCUCCGCUGGGGGCCAGUUUGCUGACAUGCUCUCACGCCACUGGACGGAGAAGUCCACUCCACCCGAGUGGCUGGUGUCCCUCUUCCGCCCCACCGCACCUCCCACCACCACGACUCCGGCUUCUGCAGAGGAAGUGGCUCAGUGGAGGUAGCACCUCCCCCGACCUAGUUCUCCGUCAACCAAUCUUGCCUACUGUCACUCAGAACACACCUGCCCAUCCUCGGAACCUAGCCCCUGGUUUAGCAUCUACUCCGGAUAGCCAGAAUAGUGAUUACAGGCGUAGCAACCCUGUCGCACCCGAGUCGGCAUCUACUCCGGAUAGCCAGGACAGCACAUACAGGCCUAGCAACCCUGUAGCACUGCUGUCUACACCUCCACUGGCGCAUUUUUCUCUGCCCACAAGCACCCCUACCUCAACACAUACAUCGGGACACAUCCAGAAAUUUACUUUUCGCCAGAACGACCUUCCGAAAGAAAUAUCGUUUUCGGGGAAACCAGGAGAUUCCGAUGUUGUUGAGAUACUGACCAAAUACCGAGCACGUGUGAAACUAGCCUCUGUUGCAGCAGACGACCCGGCCGAAUCUGUAGUAGACCAAAGAGCGAUUCAAUUCCUCCCCUUCGUCAUUCGAGGCCAAGCCUAUGACACUCUAGUGGAACUGGUUAGUGGUACUCUCGAAUGGCGAUCGGCACACCGGUUGACCGCACUUCGGAAUGCAGGACAAGUUGUCAGACCUCGAGCACCGGCAACUUGGGAUGAAUACUGUCAAGCUUUCACCUUUCAUUUCUCCGCGCCCAACCGCAUUGCGGUAUUAGCUAGAGAAAUAGCCGCUCUCAGGCAGGAAGGAGAGACGACAGUGGACGGGUUUGCGCUCAAAGUUACUCAGGCCCGCACACGCCUCCUCGCAGAGGCUGCUCGUUCAGGUCCCUCCCACAUUAGCCACUACGAACACGCAUGGGACGUUUUCAUGACUGCCACAUUUGAGAACGGCCUGAAACCUCACAUUAGAGUAGAGUGUGUUCGAGAGGACCCUCCAAACUCAUUUCAGGACGCAAGACUUCGCGCGAAAAAACACGAGGCAAAUAAUCUGAGAGGCGCAGCGUCACCCAUAUCCGACACCGUAUCUGCUGUCGCGUACCCUGAACCCCUACAGCUGAAGCAGACUGUGUCCUCGAACAAGAACAGCACAGCGAGUCAGGGUGCCCCGAAAAAGGCGCGCACCGCGGGUAAAGGCAAUUCUUCCUCGGCAUCGAAAGAAGAACCGUGCCCCUACCCGGGAUGCAAGUUCAACCAUCCCCUUGAACAGUGCGGUUUAAAGAAAAAACACGCUCAAGACAAGGGAUGGACUUGGACUAAAGCUUGACGGGGCCCUUCACGGGACUCCUCGCUCGUAGGGAGACAGGUCGAUAGCACACCAUUAGCUGAAGAAACUCAUGUAGCACAGAAUGCCCGAGUUGACUCAGCCCCGGAUGUGCAUGACAGUAGCAAAUCGAGGGAAUCAUUUUUUCCUCGGGUGAGAGGUGGUGAUGUGAAGUCCGUUCAAGAUUUUAGCAGUAAUUCUGAGACAUCGGUAACAGAUUCUGCCCAGGCACCGUUUCAUAGUCGGUCAAGUAGCAAAGCAGGGAAAAAUAGGAAGAACAAACGCACUCGUGCGCCGACUUCUAGGUUAGCCCCGCAAGCUGAAUUUGUACUGACUGGUAGUAUGCCAUUUAAUCAUAACACGGAAAGACGUGCCUCUGUUUCAAGUGCAUCGAGUGGUGGACCCACUUAUGCGGCGUUUCAUGCGUCAGCACUGAGUAAAUAUCCACAACAUCCGAAUGCGUUAAAUUCGUCCUCCAAGAGAGUGCGAAUUCCUGCCCGAGUUUGUAAUCACGCUGUGUCUGACCUCACUAUCGACACAGCAGCUGAUGUACCGUGUAUAUCAGCGUCUUUUAUUAAAUCGCAUCCAGUCCUGCAACGUUUACCUCUGAAACCUGUGCCUCCUGGCGCAAUUCAGUUGAAUAGUGCAGACGGCUCAGCGUUAAAAAUCCUAGGAUACAUCCGUUUUAAGCUCACACUGGGAGACAUAACACUACCAGUGGAGGCUCUCGUGUUGCCCAACCUAGGUCCGGAUAAGAUGUUGCUCGAUAAUAGCAUUAUGAAUGCCUUUGGUGCCGUCCUUGAUUGGUGCGGUGAGCAACUUUCGUUUAAAAAUUCUAGACGAAAAAUUCCGGCAACUCACAAACGAACGAAUAGUCAAGCGGACACCAAUAGUGAUGCCCCAGCGCAAAUUUCCAUAGUGACGCUUGACCCAUCGAUAGGAGCGGUGCCCGUAUAUCUCUCUAAGAGAUUCUGCAUCCCCCCCGAAAGUGAAAUGGCAGUAGACGUCGUGACAAAACACGCACCACAGGCAAACACGCCUGCGUUGGUCGAGCCACGGAUUGUCACUGCCCAAGACAUCGAAACGUCUGAAAAUAUACCCGAAGCGUUCCGUACAAUCGUAGUCGCUAGAACGGUAUGCAAUUGGUCAGCAAAGGACAAGUCCGCUGCAGUACAAGUUGCUAAUCCAUCCAAACGACACGUUCACAUUGCACGCGACACUAUUUUGGGGUACAUUUCGCCAGUAAAAUCGGUUGCCGAUAAAACAGUUAGCGCUGUCAAUAGCGACCAAACCACAUUCCGACACAAGCGAGACGAGUUGAAACGAGCCAUGAAAAAAGCGUUCACGAACACUACAUUUACUCCUCAACAAUGCUCGCAAGUCUUGGAUUUAUGCGCGAAAUACCGUAAUGUGUUUUCAUUAUCUCCGAAGGAGCUCGGAAAAUGCAAGAUAGCCAAGGCAGAUUUUCCGCUAGAACCAGGCACUAAACCAGUCGAUCGUGCUCCCUAUCGUACUAAUCCUAGAGCGCAAGAAGUUAUCGACAAGUGUGUGGAACAAAUGGAAGACGAGGAGAUUAUUGAACAGAGACCCAGUUCAUGGGGAUCUGCUGUUACCAUCGUAGCAAAAGCUGAUGGCACUCCUCGAUUCUGCGUUGACUAUCGCUCUACUAUCAACAAGAGUCUAAUUCGAAAAUCUUGGCCCAUGCCAGAUAUAGAAUCUCAUAUUGAUACCGUUGGAGGUGCAAAAUUUAUUACUGUCUGCGAUAUUCAGUCAGCCUACCACCAAAUUGAAGUAGACGAAGCAGAGCAAGAAAAGACUGCUUUUGUGACACACAAAGGGAAAUGGGUUUUCAAACGCCUCCCCUUCGGAAUUGCGAAUGCUCCUUUUCUGUUUGCUCGUAUGAUGUCUCUGGCUUUCUCUCACUUCGGACCACGCAGUGGACUUUUGGUGUACAUGGACGACAUUAUUUGCUGCAGCUCAAAUUGGGAGAGCCAUCUAACCUUAUUAGAAAGCAUGCUCCAAGCACUCCAAGCGGCCGGUCUUACCUUGAAACCCUCUAAAGUACAAUUUGGACCACAGGAAGUAAAAUACCUGGGGCACAUACUGUCUGCAAAAGGGAUUCGCAUUGGGGAAGAUCGUAUACAAUCUAUUAUCGACUUGCCUGUACCCAAAACAAUCAAAGCACUUCGCUCAGUAUUGGGAAUGGUUAACUAUGUGAGGAAAUUUAUACCCGACCUUUCUACGGUCAUCGCACCGCUAGUCGGACUCACACAAAAAGAGCAUGUAAAAUCAAUCGCAAAACGUUGGAACCAGGAACAUGAUAAGGCUUUUGCAGAUAUCAAACGUUUACUCAGCAAAGCACCUGUGUUAUGUUUCCCUGACUUUACCAAAGACUUCGUGGUUCACGUAGAUGCUAGUGAAGUUGGUGCAGGAGCAUUCCUGGGCCAAAAGAACGGCGACGACGUGAAUAUUAUCGCUUAUUUUAGCCAACGAUUUAACAAAGCUCAACGUCACUACUCUGCGACGAUGAAAGAAUGUUACGGUGUGGUCUUGAGUUUACAACACUGGCGACCCUACUUAUGGGGCAGACAUUUCGAAGUUGUCACGGAUCACGCGGCAUUGAGAUAUUUGUACACUAUGCAAGACACGUCUAAUAUGUUGACCAGAUGGGCAAUCGCUUUGCAGUCCUUUGACUUUACAGUGCGACACAAGCCAGGAAAGUUACAUGUAGUCCCAGACACCCUAUCGCGGUUGUUUGCGUUCGAUCACCAACAACAGUUGGAAGCACCGCAACUUGCACCGAUAUGUAGGAAUGUGCCUGAUGACCCUGCGCUGCACUCGAAUGUUCCAUCACGUCCGUACCAAGUGUCUGCAGAUCGAUUGGAUAACUUGCGACCGGUUCAAAGUGAUCGCGAAUUAUUCGCUGAGAAAUCAGUGUAUAUUAGUGCGACCAACGUAUUUGAAACUAUUAACCGCGAUAUCUUGCGUGAGAAACAAGCUCUUGAAUAUGGCACAUAUGUCGACUAUCUUACAAAAACUGACGCCCAUUUACCUGAUAACGAGACAACCACUUCCAUGUCGUACUACUUCAUGCGUGAUGGAUUGCUGUUUAAAUCGUAUUUACCAGGCUACCUCCGGAAACGUAGUACGUUUAGUGACCAAUUAGUGUUGCCUCAGGCCCUUACCGGACUAGUGCUGCACGCCUAUCACGACCACGUAUUAUCUGGAGGCCACUUAGCGUCUAGACCGACUUAUGAGAAGAUCCGCCAGAAAUACUGGUGGCCAACCAUGAAUCGGGACGUCCGUACUUGGUGUGAACAAUGCCAAGCUUGUCAACGUCGAAAAACAGCCCACAAUCGAAACAAAUUACCAACGGGACAUGUACCAGUACAAAGACCGUUCGAACGUAUUUCGGUUGACCUAGUUGAAUAUAAAGUAGAAUCAGUUUCAGCCGCCGGGGUACGGUGCAAAUAUGUCCUA